CAGGUAAUGACCACAUGUCUGGAAGUUAGUUUUAAUAGGUUAUUUAUAUGUUAUUAAGUAGAAACAGGCAGUUUUGCAUUUUGCAGCUCUGUUUCCUGAUCCACUACCAGAGGUAAUAACAGAACUGAGCCACUUACCAAGCAGCUCCUAUAUAAUGAUGUCAAUAAUUGUAUAACCUUAAUCUAAAUUGCAAUAGUGUAAGUAUAGUUGUGCUGAAAAUAGAUAAAUCUAUUAUUGUUGAAUGUGAAUCAAAAAAGUGACAUUAUAGGUGAAAAUAAAGGAACUGUGGUCAAAGUGGAGCAAAAAGACUCUUCUGAAUGGGUUUAGAGCAUCAAGAAAAGUGUGUUUUUAUAAAAGUUCUAAAAAUUGUUUGCUUUCAAUCAAACAUGAAUAAAAACAAUAAAAUCAUACCCCAGUAUGACCAGGGAGGAAUACAAAAAUAGAAUAAAUAUCAAAACCUGUAUUUAAAAAAUCCAGAACUGUUUGCCAACUGAAGAAGCAAAAUCUCCACAAGCUCACAGCUUGCCAAAAUAGCAUAGCAAGUAUAAUAAAUCCUAGUCCUAAAGUCUGGUCAAAAGUUGCAAUGGGCAGGCAGCAUUAUCACACAUGAAGAAAUCUCUACCGUUUCACUCUCCAGAUGCUGAACUCUGGAGGUAACCCAUUUUGGCAUGUGUGUUAGUUAUUUAUGGUUAGAUUUUUUUGUUUGUUUGUUUGUUUUGCUCUGCUCUGCUUUGAAAUCAUUAGCCAGAAAAGUUACAGAGAGUGCAUAAAACUGACUGACAUGAGAGAUGCUUUCAAGCAGGUGCUAUAACAUCUGUGGAAUGUACUUCAUCUCCUACAUCUUUUCCCUGUCAUCUUGCAACUGUUUUCCAACAUUCCUGUUUCCUUUUCCAGGCUUUUAGAAUUUACCAGAAUAGAGGUUUGAUUACGGUGUACCACGGAGAGCAUGAGAGUCCAAAUGACUUUGACACUGUCCUGCUUAAAACACUUGUGGGAGCAAGUAAGCAGCGCGCAUUAGUUGAGGCAAACCCUUAUAGUGAUGAGCUGAAGUUAGCAGUAACGUGGAAUAGGGUUGACAUUGCCAAGAGUGAACUCUUCAAUGGCGACAUCCAGUGGAAGUACGAAGAUUUGGAAGACUCAAUGACAGAUGCGCUGAUCAAUGACAAGCCCCAGUUUGUUCGGCUUUUCACUGAAAAUGGUUUGAACAUUGUGGACUACUUAACCUAUGGAAAGCUGGAAAGCCUCUAUCGCUCUGUGCCAGAUGGGAGCUUACUAUAUCAGCUGCUACAGCGCUGCCUAGCAGAGCGGCUGGCAAUGGCGGAGCGUCACUCACCAUCAGAACAACAGAAUUCAUCCUCAAAAGUGGCAGCAGAUAACAAUCAGAGCAGACCAAGGAGGGAGUUUACCCUGUUUGAGGUGUCAGGGGUCCUGAAACACUUAAUGGGUGAUGCCUGCCAGCCUUUCUACUAUAAAGCUUUAGGCUUACAGUCAUCUUCAUUCAAAAGGACAGCCAUGAAGCGUGCCACUAAGGUUCUGCAUGGAGGUUCCAAAUAUCACCAGCAGCGUUGCCCCCAUCCCUGGGCUUCACUCUUCCUCUGGGCUGUACUGCAGAACCGCAGUGAGAUGGCCCUUUUCUUCUGGGAGAUGGCAGGUGAGGCAGUCCUGAGUGCUCUUGGUGGCUGUAAGAUACUCAGAGAACUGUCCAAACGGGAGGAUGAGACUGAAACCAAACUCUCCAUGAAAGAACUGGCCCAGAAGUUUGAGAACCUGGCUCAUGAUAUUUUCAGCUCUUGCUAUCGCAGUGAUGAAAACCGCUCUUUCAGCCUGCUGAUUAGAAAGUCUCCUGUCUGGGGUCACAGCACCUGUCUUCAGAUGGGUGUGAGCUCUGAUGCUCGGCGUUUCUUCAGUAAUGAUGGUGUACAGUCUCUGUUGUCCCAGAUCUGGUGGGGUGAUAUGAAGAGGAACACAGAGAUCUGGAAGCUUCUGCUCGUGUUCUUCUGCCCCAUCCUCUGCUACACCAACCUCAUCUCUUUCAGGAAUCAAUACGAUCAACAAGAGGAAGAGAGGAUGCUUUUUGCGGAUGAGCUGGAUCAGGACACUGACAGUCACUAUGGGAACACUGUCUUCUCUUUCUCUGACAUCAAGCAGCAUGAAGUUGACUCAGACGUUAAAAGAGUGAUGCCAUUAAAGGCGUACCCCAACGACUGCCACAAAGUCCGUUCACAGUGUCACGCUGGCGUCAGUUCUGGUUUGCACCAGUCACCUCAUUUCUGGGCAACGUCCUGAUGUACUUCCUGUUUCUCUUGCUUUUCGCCUACGUGCUGUUGGUGGAUUUCAAGCCCCCACCCCCCUCAGGUCCAGCUGCCACUGAGUGUGUGUUGUACUUCUGGGUAUUCACCCUCGUUUGU